AACACAUGGGUUGAAAGGUGAAUCCAGAAAGUAAGGACUUACCAGCAAGCAAAACAGCAAAAGCAGCCAAAACAAACUUGUGGGUUGUGGACCUGUUGUGGACUGUUGUUGGUCUUGUUUAAAUUAUUUUUCUACAUUUUUCGCUUCCGAGAGACCCAACAACUCGGUUUCUGCACACGAUGCCGUACAAGUUUAUUGGAAGAACCACUGAACACUGCGGAAAAACACUUUGGGAAAUCUUAGGAAACCUGAAAGAUUUCGGUGUUGGCCGCGUUGUAGCGAGAAACAGAUUUGAGCGCUACCCAGAGAAAAGUUGGCUCAAAAUUUUGGAAGUCACGCCUAUUGCUGCACCAAAGGACGUGCCAAUUUAUGCACAUGACAACCUCCGAUUGGUAGCAGUUAAAUGCGAAAAGUACUGGAGAGGCAAGAAGCUGCCAACGCCUAUUUAUGUUACUGGUGCAUCUUACAAGACGGACUACAAGUUAAUUCCUAAAUCGGAGGAAGCAGAGUAUUGCCAAAUUGUAGACACUCCAGAGCAGAGGGAUGUUCUUCCUGAAACAGCUGAUUUUCCUCCUUUGCUCAAGGAAAUUUUAAAAAGAGACAAAGGAGAUAAACUAAGACUCCCUCUUGUGUACAAGAGAACAGAAUACAACAGAAUGUUGGACCCCUCCGGCCACAGAGCAACAUCUCCUGAGCAAAUUAAUUCACAAUUUGGGAAACCUGUAGCACCAAGACUGCACGAGAAUGUAUUGGAAUAGUUUUGUUUAGAAAGGCUGUCUCGUGAUUUGGCGGAUCCAGUCGAGGUAGUGGGCCACUUUGACGUACACUCCAGGAACUCCAUACUGGCCGCAGCCGAUGCCCCAGCUGACCACACCAACGACCUGCCAGCUGCCUCCCUUCUCGCAGACCAUAGGGCCGCCACCAUCACCCUGAAAUCAAAUUAGAAUCGUGGUUGUAGUCAAAAUAAUAAGAAAUUCUCUAGAAA